AUGCCUUUUGGGUGGCAUCAAGCAGCACUGCACCUCCACCAGCCCGGACGCGCAUUGCAGCCAGCCGAAGAGACGGGGAACAGGAUAGGGAAGCAGGGCGAGGCGGGCCCCGCGGAGCCGGUGGAGAAGAUGGCCGGUAGCCCGGAGAAGAGUUCCACCGCACAGGAGCUGAAGGAGCAGGGGAACCGGCUCUUUCUGUGCCGCAAGUACCAGGAGGCUGCCACUUGCUACAGCAAAGCUAUCAAUCGUAAUCCAUCGGUGGCAGUAUACUACACUAACAGGGCUCUUUGCCAUGUAAAGCUGCAGCAGUAUGACAAGGCUCUGGCUGACUGCAAGCAUGCAUUGGAGCUGGACAGUCAGUCGGUUAAAGCCCACUUCUUCCUGGGCCAGUGUCACCUGGAGCUGGAGAACUACGACGAGGCCAUCGGCAACCUGCAGAAAGCGUAUAACCUGGCUAAAGAACAGAGGCUGAAUUUUGGAGACGACAUCCCAAGCGCUCUGCGCAUUGCUAAGAAGAAACGUUGGAACAGCAUCGAGGAGAAGCGCAUCAACCAGGAAAACGAGCUACAUGCUUAUCUAACUAAACUCAUAUUGGCUGAGAAGGAAAGAGAGCUUGAAGAAUACAAAGAAAAACAAGAUGACAAUCAAAAUGGAGGUGAUGCAGCCAAGAUUUCUUCAAAACAUCAUUUCUCCUUCCAAAUCAUGGAAAUGCCACCUGCUAAGGAGAAGUAUUUAAUGGACAUGGACGAACUCUUCUCCCAAGUGGAUGAGAAAAGAAAAAAGCGGGAUAUACCAGAUUAUCUUUGUGGGAAGAUCAGCUUCGAGCUGAUGAGGGAGCCCUGCAUCACACCCAGUGGAAUCACCUACGACCGCAAAGACAUAGAAGAGCACUUACAGCGAGUUGGUCACUUUGACCCAGUCACCCGGAGCCCUCUGACCCAGGAUCAGCUGAUCCCAAACCUGGCCAUGAAGGAGGUGAUCGAUGCCUUUAUCCAGGAGAAUGGCUGGGUGGAGGACUACUGA